AUGCAGGACUUGCAUUUUAUCGAUAUCCAUGUCUACACGCCCAUUUAUGGGAUCAUGCAACUACUUAAUGCCCAAAACAACUUGCCCAAUCCCGCCACAGGAUCGAAAAUUUUAUCGGCUCAAGCAAGAAAUCUAUUAGGUCAAACGAUCCCACCAGUGUUGGUGGAUUUCUCGGCAUCGAGUCAGUACAACUUGUUUGGUAAUUACGCCACCCCAAAUGAUCUUGCUCCAUCGAUUGUGUUCACUGUAUUAUACGCCAUAGUUGUCUUUCUACACACGGCAGUAUUUGCAAUCAAUUGUUCAAGAGGACAUUAUUUUUGGCCCAGUCUUGGGUUCAUUUUCUAUGCUGUUUGUCGUACUAUUGGGUUUGCUGUUCGAGCCGCAUGGACCAAGGAUAUCACCUUGACGGCAGUUGGUAUUGCCUCUGAGGUGUUUUUGAUCUUGCCUAAUGUUUUGUUAACCAGUUUCAACUUGAUUUUGGCACAGCGGAUCUUCACUUGGAGACACCCCGUUGGUGGAUCACGAAAAUUGUUUUGGGGUUUCAUGUACGGUUUAUACGCCAUUGUUGCUGGUGUUAUUGCCAUGACUAUUUUUGCUGCUGCCGGACUUCAAGUUUUUAUGUUGGGAACACCAAAUUACCAUCGAUACGUUAAGGUUAUUCAAGCAUCUUCCAUAUUGAUUAUCCUCUAUUCAUUGACCUCGAUGUCGUUGAUUGGAUUGGCUUAUUUCUUCAAGCCAACUCGAAAAGAUGAAAACUUGUACACUUAUCAACCAUGGUGGAUCAAGUCAUUCAACCCAUUUUAUUUUGUCAGAAAGGGCGAGCCACAAGAAGCAGCUGCAAGUUUUUUGAAACGAAAUCACAAUCAUCGUUAUGCUAUUAGGGUUAUUGCUGCUACACACCAUCAUUAUAAAACCGUCAAGGGUUUGAACAAUGAGCGUGGUGAUUUGACUCAUAACGUAUCGAUGAUGAUUCUUGCUGUGACGACAUUGAUCAUCUUUUUGUCCUCGGUGUUGAGAUCAGUGGUGUGCUUCCAAGCAAGAAGCGUGUAUGAUCGUUCAGCAGUUGGAUCAGCGGCAAUGAUGUAUGUAUUCUGGGGUGGUUUGGAAAUCCUUGUUAAUCUAUUGUACUUGGUUGGAAGAGUAGAUUUGAGAUUCUACAGACCUGAUAGAUUACCUAAAGAAGUGAGACAGAUUGUUACUGCAGAACAGUCGUUGUAUCCAUCGGAAAUUGAAAGUGAUGAAGAGGCAAAUGCAUAUGGAGAGGGUAAGGAAGAAUCAAGUGUUGAUGAUGGUGACUUGGAUGACUUUAAUUUCGGAAGUACAAAACGAAACUCACUUGAGGAUGACGAUGAUGAUGAUUCUGAAGGAUUUGACUUUACUGGAAAUCAUAAAUACACCUCUUCCACUAGUCACCGAGAUAACAAGAGUAAAGCACCAUAUCCACAUCAUGAAAAACUGGAUGUGGAAUCUGAGUUCCAUUUCUAG